AUGCCUCCGUGUCCAUGUUGUCAGAAUGCGAACACUCGGUUUCUAUGUCCCCACUGUCUUCAACAAGGCAUUGCCACUCAUGAUGCCUUCGCUCGCAGUCUCCAGCAACAGACAAGAGACGCAGAGAUCAAAGCCGAGAGGAGAUUACAUCGUCCUAAAGGUCUUGAGGACUGGAGAAAGCUACGAGCAGAAGUGGCAAUAUCGGAAAGACGAGUGGCCAAACUCAAAGCUAGGUUGGCAGAGUGUGAAGAUGUUGUCAAGAGGAUCGAAACACAAAAUCGACCUGUCAAACGGAGUAAAUUCUCAAAACCAUCAAUAUCACCUUCACCACGUUCGUUUCCCGACUUGACAAAGUUCUUCGUACGGGCGAGAGUGGUCCUUAUUCGAGAAGCCAUCAACGUUUUUGGUCUACGUAGGAGGUCUACUGGAGAAUGGGAAAUUGCAGGGAAUGUACUUCCACCCUCGGACGAAUUUAGACAAUACCCUUCAUCAGUCAUCAAUGCCGCCCUUGUUCACACCGUUCAUCUGUUAUCACUUCUCACCAGUUACCUAUCCAUAGCAUUGCCUUACAUCCCCACAACUUCCAAACCCCACCUAGGUCGACCGGUCAUGAAACCCAAUCUCCCUUUUGUGGCUACCACCAAGUACCGAGACCGCAACGUACUCUGGAUGUCUUCAACGGCACACAAAAUCGACUCUUCGAAAGCUCUGGCGAAACAUCACAAUUUCCUCACUGCUUUUGCCCUCCUCGCUCACUCCGUGGCUUACCUCGCAUGGUCACAGGGAGUCGAAGGAAUCGGCGUUUCUCCCGGUAUAGUGGACAGUGACGACGACGAGACACCAGCGAUUUCGGCGAUCCUCAUACCCGCUACAAACAUUUUGCAAUUGAUACACGAAUUAGCCGACUCACCUCAACUAGGUCUCAAAUCACACGAACCCGGUACCGUACAGAUGAGACACCUUGGGUUCGGUCUCGACGUUUCUAGAGUGGUGAGAAGUGUAUUGAGAAGUGAAGAGCGGUACAGUGGACAUUUGAGCGAAGGUUGGGAUAUGGUCGACAGUGUAUGA